UGAUUUGCAUUACUUGCAUCGCUGCACCAGAGCAGAUCAGACCACGCGCAUCAUGAGCAACGGCAGACACUUGGCUAAAGGCUCUCCCAUUCCGGAUGUGCCCGAGGAUGGGAUACUGCGGUUGUACUCCAUGCGCUUCUGUCCGUUCGCCCAGCGUGUCCAUCUAGUGCUGGAUGCCAAACAGAUACCCUACCACAGCAUUUACAUAAAUCUCACAGAGAAACCAGACUGGCUAUUCGACAAGAAUCCGCAGGGCAAGGUGCCAGCACUGGAGCUGGUGCGCGAACCGGGUCCACCGGUGCUGACCGAAUCGCUGCUCAUCUGCGAGUACCUGGACGAGCAGUAUCCACUGCGACCGCUUUAUCCGCGAGAUCCACUGAAGAAGGUCCAGGAGAGGCUUUUAAUCGAGCGCUUCAACUCGGUCCUGGGCGCCUUCUUUAGGGCAUCUGAUGGCGGCGACCUGGAGCCAUUCUGGUGUGGCUUGGAUACCUAUGAGAAGGAGCUAAGCCGCCGUUGCACUGACUUCUUUGGUGGCGAACAAACGGGUAUUCUCGACUACAUGAUAUGGCCGUGGUGUGAGCGCCUGGACUUGCUCAAGGUGCAGCGAGGCGAUGACUACAAUUUCGAUGAGCGGCGCUUCCCGCAGCUGUCGCAAUGGGUGGAACGCAUGAAGCGGGAUUCGGCUGUGAUGGCCUUCUACAUGGAGGCGGAAGUGCAAGCAGAGUUCCUGCGCACUCGCAGCGCCGGCAGACCCAACUAUAAUCUGCUGGUCAAGGAAGCAUGA